AGGGAACCUACAGGAAAGAUUGGGCAUGACUAUAUGUCAGAGCAUGAAGUGAUAGAGGACAAGUGGGAACGGGUUCAGAUUGAAAGAGAGCACGUUUAGAUUAGCUAUUAGAAUAUUCUUUACUGUAAGGGUGGUGAAGCACUGUCACAUGUUGCCUAGAGAAGCUGUGGAUGCCCCAUCCCUCGAAGUGUUCAAGGCCAGGUUCGAUGGGGCCUGUUCCAGUGGAAGGGGCUGGAAGCGGACGCUCUUCGAGGUCCUUCCACCCCACUCGGAGCACUCCCGAGCCCCGGAGGCCGCUGUCUGCCGGGCCGGGCCGGGCCGGGCCGCGCCGCUCGCCGCUGCCCUGGGGCGGCCGGCUGCCCGCAAAGCCCGGCGUGGGGAGCGGCGCGGAGCGGACGGGACAGAGGGCGGCUGCCCGCAAAGCCCGGCGCGGCCGCGCGCGGCGCGGAGCGGGAGGCCGUCCUUAAGAUGGCUGUUGUGCGCGGGACGCCGCCGCUGUAGCGCCGCGAGGAGCCGCCCGCCCGCCCCGCUGCGCCGCGCCCGCCAUGGAGUGCCCGCACCUCGGCUCCAGCGUCUGCAUCGCGCCCGACUCGGCCAAGUUCCCGCAGGGCUCGCCCUCCUCCUGGUGCUGCAGCGUGUGCCGCUCAAAUAAAAGUCCCUGGGUCUGUCUGACGUGUUCCAGUGUCCAUUGUGGAAGAUAUGUGAAUGGCCAUGCAAAAAAGCAUUAUGAAGAUGCACAGAUUCCUAUGACCAAUCAUAAGAAAACAGAAAAACAGGAGAAAGUUCAGCAUACUGUGUGUAUGGAUUGCAGUAGUUACAGUACAUACUGUUAUCGCUGUGAUGAUUUUGUAGUCAAUGAUACCAAGCUGGGCCUGGUACAGAAGGUCAGAGAGCACCUACAGAACUUGGAAAAUUCAGCCUUUACAUCAGACAGACAUAGGAAAAGAAAACUAUUGGAAAACUCAUCUCUGAACAGCAAGUUACUGAAAGUAAAUGGAAGCACCACUGCCCUUUGUGCCACUGGCCUUCGGAACCUGGGGAACACUUGUUUCAUGAAUGCAAUCCUUCAGUCACUCAGUAAUAUUCAGCAGUUUUGCUGUUACUUCAAAGAGUUGCCUGCAGUGGAGCUGAGGAAUGGGAAGACGGCAGGGCGGCGAACGUACCACACCAGGAGCCAGGGGGAUAACAAUGUUUCACUUGUGGAAGAAUUCAGAAAGACACUCUGUGCUUUAUGGCAAGGAAGCCAAACUGCAUUUAGUCCAGAGUCUUUAUUUUACGUUGUUUGGAAAAUAAUGCCAAAUUUUAGGGGAUACCAGCAACAGGAUGCCCACGAGUUCAUGCGUUACCUUUUGGACCAUCUACACCUGGAACUCCAGGGUGGCUUCAAUGGUGUUUCACGUUCAGUAAUCUUGCAAGAAAAUUCUAACCUGUCUGCAAGCAACAAAUGUUGCAUAAAUGGAGCGUCUACUGUUGUCACUGCCAUUUUCGGAGGCAUUCUUCAAAAUGAAGUCAACUGCCUAAUAUGUGGGACUGAAUCUAGAAAGUUUGACCCAUUCCUAGACCUUUCGCUAGAUAUUCCAAGUCAGUUCAGAAAUAAACGUACUAAAAACCAAGAGAGUGGACCAAUGUGCACGCUACGAGACUGUCUUCGCAGUUUUACAGACCUGGAAGAACUUGAUGAGACAGAGCUGUACAUGUGUCACAAAUGCAAAAAGAAACAGAAGUCCACCAAAAAAUUCUGGAUUCAGAAACUACCAAAGGUGCUAUGCUUACACUUGAAACGCUUUCACUGGACAGCAUAUCUGAGAAACAAGGUUGAUACAUAUGUUGAGUUUCCCUUGCGAGGCCUAGACAUGAAAUGCUACUUGUUAGAGCCUGAAAACAGUGGCCCAGAGAGCUGCCUGUAUGACCUCGUGGCUGUGGUUGUGCAUCACGGCUCAGGCGUUGGUUCCGGCCACUACACAGCGUAUGCGGCGCACGAGGGCCGCUGGUUCCACUUCAACGACAGUACUGUAACCCUGACUGACGAGGAGACCGUGGGCAAGGCCAAGGCCUACAUCCUCUUCUACGUGGAGCGCCAAGCCAAGCCUGGAGCAGAGAAACUUUAAUACCUCCUUUGCAUUCUUGCUUAUCAAGUCCACCGGACAAACAUUUCCAUUUUCCAUAAAUACUUGAUCCAAGACUUAUUAAUUUCAUUGUGCACUUUGCAAUUUCCUCUUGUGGGUUUUUGUUUUGUUGUGUCAAUGGUAGCAUUUGACUUACUGAACUUGGACACAAACUAACUUUUUUUUAGUUAUACCAGAAAACCUCAGCAGAUUUUGAUUUGCUGCUUUAGUUGUGAUAACUCAAUUUUUAUAUAUAUAGUUUCAUGAAAUAGUUAUGACUUUUUUAUAUUAAUGUUUUCAGUUCUCACUUUCUAAAGGCACAUUUACAUCAAAAACCUCUGUCCUCCUUACAAGCAAGAUAAAAGUGCUUCUGACCAUGAAAAGCAAUACAACUUCAUGCUGUUCUCAGUCCUAUGAUGUAGAUAUGACUCAAUCUCUUUAAAUCAAGGAAUUGUUUGCACGUACUAUUUUCCUUCGUGCAAGAAACUUAAACAGUGACCUCUGACCAAUCAUCCUUUUUCUGCACAAGAGAGGCAAUAUACCAUCAUUAAAUAGACCAGAUGAUUGCUGCUAUAUUGGUGUGUAUUCAGGCUGGUGACUUUCAGGAAUCAUUGUAAAUAAACAGUUGGUUCAAUUGUAUCAAUACUGCAAUUUAAUUACAGUACUGCUCAGAUAUGCUGCCCCCUACCCCCUGCAAAUUUAAAACAAUUAUCUUUACCUGUCUAAAUUGCAUUGCCCUUUAUGGUUUUAUAACAACCUGUAUUGCAUUUGACAUCUCUUGGUUUUAGGCUGUCAUCCUGAAAUUGGAUCAUGAACACUUAUGUGCUUGAAAAUUGGGGAGACUUCCUGGCAGUAGAAUCCCAAGCAAAACCCCUUAGUUCCUAGUGGGAAUUGGAAGUACAGCCCCAAGGGCUGGGGUUUGUGAGAACAGGCAUAGGUCUAAAUGCAGCUCUGCUCCAUGGCUACAGUUCACUGGGAAGCAGGAGGUGACAGAUGGUGUUGCAGGUGCUUUGCGUGAAAUCGUUCUAGCAGUUCAAAUGCAUCUUAAACCAGGAAAGGCAGAAACUGGCUUAAUCUAAAGCUGCAGAAAUUGUUCAGCAGAGCUAAUGGGUUUUGAAGUAUGCACACAGGUUAAGACUAUAGAGUUAUUUGAUACAGUGACAUAUUUAUAAGGAUGUUGUCUUUUACUUAGAUUGAACAGUAACUAGAACUUGCCAUUUCUUGAAGCUGUAGGUAGUUUGUCACCUUCCCUUCCUUACAGGCAGUCUUUCUUCUAAUCAAUGAAAACAGGUUGCUGAUACUUAGACAAGCAGAAAACGGAGCAGGUAAAGCAUUGUACCACAUUCUGCCAUUCCUGCUGCUCACGGGGAGCUGCACAGCUGCCACCUCUAGCUGUGUUUUCUCUGCAUGCUGCUUGGACCAGAUUUCUUUAGAAUUUACCUUUGAGAAUGCCAAGCUUAAAAUACACAACUAUCUCUAGGCCAGCAGCAGUUUAACUUACAGUAGUCAGGUGUAUGCAGUGUUCUUGCAAAACAGUGAUGUAAAUGUGCCUUUCUGUAUUUUUAGAAAUUUAAAUUUGUAAUCUUCAGCAACAUUCACUUCUUUUAAUCGACUUCUACUUGUCAGCAAUUGUUUGGGUCAGAGUUACCUUCUGACUUGAGCAUUUUCUUUCAGUCCCAUUUGCUGUGUCCCAUGCAGCUCCUGGGCAGUGGUGUCUCCAGCAGGGCCGUGUGGGGCGGGUCUGGGAAAACGAUGCAAUCACAGCAGGCUGUCCUUGCAGCAGGUGCUGCUCAGGACUCAGCCAUAUGCUUUGCUGGAACAAGUACAUUGUAAAUCCUUUCCUAAUUUAACUUUCUCCCACUGCAAACUCAGAUGGGCAGUAUGAACAGUUUGUUGUGGCAACACAAGUAUUUCUCUUCCUGGUGGAGAACUUUGCUUAUCCACUGUAUUCUAUUCAGUGUGGUGUCGAAAAAAAAAAAGUAACUGAGCACUGAACCAGUAACAUAAUACUGCACCUGGCCUAGUAUUACCUUUUUAACCUAGCUUGUAUAUCCUAUAUUUAUCUACUCGCUUGUGGGGGGGAAUAUCUCUUUCAUUUAAGCCAAAUGUUUUUUUUCUACUUACUGCUCAUCGUAGUACACACUAGCUGGCAAGAAGUUUUUUUCUUGCUUGAGACUGCUCUGCAAGCAGCAACUGCUCUCUACAGUUCAAAGACUUGCAUCUUUUUCACCAAAAUGUGUCCAAUCAAAGGUUGUCCUUUUGUUACUGAUUGUUUAGCCACGUAUACAACUGGAGCCAAUAUUUAUGUCAAUCAAAACCGCAAAAUGUCCAGCUCCUAAAUGUCAGCAAGAGAGUUUAAAAGUUUGAGACAGGGAGGGAUAGUGGACUUGUAUAAAAAACAGCAGGCCAUUUAUGAAGAUUUUACUAAAUCAGCGGGAAGUGUAACACGUGGUGUUAAGAAAUUCCCCCAGCAAUGUUUCAUUACUGAUGUGUCUGUGUCUUACUGAUGAGGUAAUGGGCACCUUGACAGCUGAUUCCAAUGUGCUUUAGGAUAUUCUCAAGUACUGUAGUGCCAUAGUUGUAAUUGUUUACCAUUAAAAUCUUGUGUGUAAUUUUCAGUGAGAAUUACUGACUGUGCUCAUCUUGUGUGUUUCUGGAGCAUUUCCAGGAUGAAUGUGAAUUAUAUCUCAUCACAUAGUGUGUUUAUGGAAAAUGUGCCAUUAAAAUGUCUCCUUUCCUUAGAAAAUGAAACUUCUUGUCCUUCUACAGGCUUGCAGAACAUUGGUGUAUGUCCUCUGCACACAAAUGGCAGAAUACUGUACCUUGCUCUGGGAAAAACAAAAUAAAGCAAUUGCAGUGUUCCUAACUCUGUAACACCUCUACCAAAGCUAGCACCUAACCCCAAAGAGGACCUGCCAUUCCAUUUUAAAUGCCUUGUCACCCAACUGCUGGUGGUUUUUUUGUCAGAUUGUGGUGUGUCCCCUCUGUCUGGCAAGAGUCCAUCCUAACAUCCUCAUCAUUCAACUUUGCUAGAUUGUUGAUUUGUUGUUAAUUUGGGUUUUUUUUUAAUUAGUAUUUUUUAAAAUAGUAUUCCUGUACAUAUAACUCUGAGAAGUCUCAACUGUUUAAACCUGCUCAAAAACAAAGGUAAGUUCUUGAGAUUUGAAAAUGCUAACACGAGAAUGAAGAACAAGCACAGGCACAUCUUUUAAGCUGCUGUUUUCCAGUAAACUGCAUUACC